AUGAAGUCGCCAGUGGAGACUCGGGAUAAUUCCCUUUACUGUAAGUUCCAUUGUGAUGUGGGGCAUGAAACAAAAGAUUGCAAAAGUCUGCGUAGAGCUUUUGAUGGGUUAGCCGCCAAAGGAUUCCUCAAAUCAUAUCUCAGCGCGAACACAGGGGGAAGUGGCAAAAAAUUCUACAAGAAAAGUAAGUCACCGUCAUAUCGACGUGAUGACAAUGACACUGAUCCAGAAAUUGUAGCCGUCAUCUCAGGGGGCCUUGCCGCAGGGGGUCCAACAAUGAGAGGGCAAAAGGACUAUGCAAGCCGGUUGGGGCAAGUAGUGUUGUCAGGAAAAGCUCCAAUGGACCACUUCCCUAAAGUGGAGAUUUGUGAAUCUAAUAGGGGCAAGAUAGCCACUCCUCAUGACGAUCCCUUGGUUAUUGAACUGAAGGUAGCAAACCUCAAAGUAAGGCGCAUUUUAGUAGAUACGGGGAGUUCGUCAGAUAUUAUCAGCAAAGCUUGUCUGAAUCGUCUUGAGCAUGAUCCUAAGACGAUUGAAUACAUUAUCCGAUCAUUGGAUUCGGCGGCGGCAUAA